GCGGCCCGCCAAGAUGGCGGCGGGGCGGCGGCGGCGCGGCGCCCCACAUCAUUGGAAAGAAAGGGAUGUUCUAGAUGAGUAUUUCCUUCCAAAUGAAGCAGAUCUUCAUCAGGUCAUUAUAUUGCCAAAAGCAGAAUGGGAAAGGAUUCAGGGCAGCACUAGAGAAGCAGCACACAUUGAUGAGAAGAAAGAACAGGAUGAAGUGCACUUGGAGUCCAAAGCUGCUGGCGAAGACCCGCGCUGUGCGGCCCUGAACCUGAUACAACAGAAACUUCAAGCCAAAAAACUACGUGAAGAAAAGGAAGAGGAAGAAAGAAAGUUAAUUGAUUUGGAAGAAGCAAAGUUCCAAGCAGCAAAACGGAAGGAGGCUAUUGAUCGUGCAAAAACCUACCUAUCUAAUCAGGAUGACAGAAUGAGACAGUUCCAUAGUGCACUUCUACUUACUAAGGUCCUAAAAGAAAGAGAUGCUCAAGUUGAAUUUCUUAAGUCAAGAUUAGCUGAUAACAAAAAGAGGGACUAUGAAGAAGAGCAACGUCAAUUUAAAGAAUACAUUAUUAGCGAGCAAGAAAAAGCACAUCAGCAUUAUAUGAAUCAACAGGCACUAUGCAAAGAUCAGUUACAACAAAUAAAGGAGCAUGAGCAUCAGGCAGAUCUGGCCAAACAGGAAAAAAAAAGAGAAGAGGAAGAACUACAGAGAUCAAUUCAACUGUACCAACUAGAAAUUCAGAGAAAAAAAGAAAAGGAACACGAGGAAAAACUUGAACGCCGGAAGCUGUAUCAUGAGUAUGUAAAUGACCAGAAAAUAAUCAAAGCAAUAGAGGAACAAAACCGAAUGGAAGAAGAUGAUCGGAUCAAAGCUCAUUUUAAAGCAAAGGAAAUUAUUGCUCAGAUGAGAAAAAAGAAAGAAGCUGAAAUGCGUAGACAAGUACAGGAACAACAGGACAAAAUCAGUAGUCGAUUAGCGGAACAAAUGGGUGAGGCACUAAAGAAGGAAGAUCAUCGACUGGCUAGAGAUGUGGCAAGAAUAGAAGCUGAAGAAGAAAAAAAACGCAAAGAGAGAGAAGCAAAACGAAAGGCUGCCAUUGAAUCUAUUGCUGAACACAGAGCCACUGUGGUAAGAAACUUGGGCUACUUCUGCUUACUCCAGCAGAGGAGCCUGGCCCAGACCACAGGCAGCGACUCUGGUGCCAUCAGCAGCAGGCUUCAGCAAGUCUGCUGAUGCCUU